CAGUAUUUGACGUGUCCUCUCAGCAGCAGGACAGAAAGGACGGAACACAACACAGCAGGUCUCUCGUGAAAGCAGUGAGUGAGUGAGUGAAUGAGUGAAUGAGUGAGUAAUUAUCCGCUCACACCUCCUCACUCUUCCCGGGGCAAACUUUCCCCGAAUAUCAAAACCUGACUGAGAAACGUUAAAAUAUGCAGCUCAACGAGACACCGAACUGUGUCCACGCGUGAAAACCACACUAAACUCCGUGGACAAAGUGCGGUUGAACAGUCCGGGAUGGACGGCUCCGGCUCCGGCUCCGGUGCUGCUGCUGCUGCCCGCCUGUCGUCGAACUCGAGACCGUGUGUCGGCGCAGUUUCGGCGGACGAACACGGAGCUCCGGGUCCGGUGCCCGUGAAGAAACAAGCCGUGAAGAGGCACCACCACCGGCACAACCUGAAGCACAGGUACGAGUUCCUGGAGACGCUCGGGAAAGGAACGUACGGCAAAGUGAAGAAGGCCAAGGAGAGGUCCGGAAGACUGGUUGCCAUAAAGUCCAUCAGAAAGGAGAAGGUCAAGGAUGAGCAAGACCUGGUUCACAUUCGCAGGGAGAUUGAGAUCAUGUCGUCGCUCUGCCACCCGCACAUCAUCACCAUAUACGAAGUGUUUGAAAACAAGGACAAGAUUGUGAUCGUGAUGGAGUACGCCAGCCAAGGAGACCUGUACGACUACAUCUGUGACAAGAAGCGCAUCUCUGAACAGGAGACCCGGCACUUCUUCAGACAAAUUGUGUCGGCGGUGCACUACUGUCACCAGAAUGGAAUAGUUCACCGGGACCUGAAACUGGAGAAUAUUUUACUAGAUGGCAACGGGAAUGUUAAGAUCGCAGACUUCGGCCUGUCGAACCUCUACCACGGCGACGAGUUCCUUCAAACCUUCUGUGGGAGCCCCUUGUACGCUUCCCCCGAGAUCGUCAACGGACGCCCGUACCGCGGGCCAGAGGUGGAUACCUGGUCUCUCGGUGUACUGUUGUAUACGCUGGUUCACGGCUCCAUGCCAUUUGAUGGAAACAACCACAAAGCACUGGUUCAACAGAUCAGCACCGGAAACUACCGGAAACCCAAUAAACCCUCAGAUGCUUGUGGGCUUAUCCGCUGGAUGCUGAUGGUAAAUCCGGAGCGCAGAGCUACUAUUGAGGAGACUGCAGGACACUGGUGGCUCAACUGGGGUUACCAGCAGCCGCUACUGGCAGAGACAAAGAGCAGCACAACGGAGCAGACCUCGUCGCCGCUCUCCACGUCCACAUCACACCCCGCUGGGAUGGCCAGCGUCGCCAACUGGCUGCGUCGCACCUCCAGACCUUUGCUGGAGAACGGCUCAAAGAUCCGCUGCCUGCUGCGCUCACAGGCCGGCGGCGGAGGGGACGUGGUGCGACAGCGGUCUCUGCGAAGGUCGCGGAAGGAGAACAACAUUUCCCAGACGUUUCACGAAGGGAGCUCAGACAGUCGUCCCUCCAAAGGUAUUCUGAAGAGGCGCAACAGUGUGAAGCAGAAAGUGACGAAUGAAACCCCGGCUGCAAGUCCAGUAGAGCCUCAGGACGCUCCGAGUUUGGCGACGCCACCUCAUGCCCCUUCAGCUGCGUCGGCUCCGCGCAAGGGAAUCCUGAAGAAGCCUGCGGAGCAAGAGUCGGGAUACUUCUCCUCCUCUCCUGAGAACAGCGAGUCCAGCUGGGCACCACAGACAACCGUGUGUCCUUCAGCACCCACCUAUAAAAAGAGCAUCCUAAAACGAAAUGGAAAGUUCUCUUCUGGUGGCUUGCAGGAGUUUGGCUCUCUAGACCAGCUGGCAGCUUCUCUACCGCACGGCGGCACCAGGUCAAGACCAAGUGGGGCCAUCAGCGAGGACAGCAUUCUGUCCUCGGAGUCCUUUGACCAGCUGGAUCUACCGGAACGGAUGGGAGCGUCGGCAAAAAUGAAUAAACCGGGCAAGGCGAGCAUGAAGGGAAGUGUGUCUGCCGACAACCUGCUGGAUAUUCAAGAGGAUGGGAUUCUUGGGGACGGGCUGCUGGGGCCCUGGAACCGCUGCUACGAGUCCGGAGUGGCCGACAGUGCUUUCUCCAUCACCGACUGUGAUAAUGUAACAGAGGCGUACAAACAGGCCAUGGUUAUACGCGGCUCUGCAGCAAGCUAAAGACCAGCAGACUUAAGACCAGCAGGCUAAAGACCAGCAGGCUAAAGACCAGCAGACUUAAGACCAGCAGGCUAAAGACGAGCAGGCUUAAGACGAGCAGGCUUAAGACGAGCAGGCUUAAGACCAGCAGGCUAAAGACCAGCAGGCUUAAGACCAGCAGGCUUAAGACCAGCAGGCUAAAGACCAGCAGGCUUAAGACCAGCAGGCUUAAGACCAGCAGGCUAAAGACCAGCAGGCUUAAGACCAGCAGGCUAAAGACCAGCAGGCUAAAGACUUGUGUUUUUUUUAAUCCAGUAUUUUUAAGUGACGGUAAACUACUGAUGACGUGAGAGAGCCAAAGUGCAUCGCGUCAAGCGAUCGAUCAGUGUGCUGACUCAUUUUGGUUAAUUUAAAAUAAUUGCACAGCACCAAAAAAAAGGGAGGGGCCUUCUUACUCAACAAUAGAUUGUAUUUUUUUAAGAUGGUGAAUGAUAAAUGGUUUGCCUUUAAAAGCUUCUCACGAAAGGAGGGCUGCUGUGAAUCAAUCAGGAACUUGUACUUUUCACUUUUCAAGGGUAUGUUUUGAGGAAAUGCACGUUGUAACCAAAACACAGGACAUAUUACUUGAGUAAAAGGUAUUUAGAAAACUGUCAUUGCCUUGUUUAAAAGGACAGAAUACUCUUGACAAAGUGCAGUGUUCGUUUUGACUCUAGAUUUAUGAAAGUUGAUCAUCUCAACAACAGCAAUAACACAGGUUUAAUGUUUUUGGGUCCUUCAUGUACCAUAUAUGCCAGAUUUUACUGAGGUUUUUAGGAUGUGGGGGAGAAAGUGGCAUUUCACGGAUACCAAAGAACUUAUGUUAUUGGAUGUUUUUUUUUUUUUCUCCAUUUUUACUUUAAACUACUCAGAGAGAAUGUGCCAAGUGAACGCCGUCUAAACGAGUGGUUUAGUGGUUUGAUUGUUUUUCCUCUUUCUCUGGAUGAUGUGGAUAAUGACUUGAAUAAUAAUCAUGACACAUAAGAGAAGAGUCACAACAUGAACAACUCGUAGAACCUGCUUUUGUCUACACAGGUGGCCACUGUGUGUGUGUGUGUGUGUGUGUGUGUGUGUGUGUGUGUGUACAGGUGGCAGUUUCACUGGAAAGGUGGGGCCAAUUAACAAACAUGAAGGUCACAUGAAGUUGAACUUUGGAAGAAAAAAACCCGCCAACUUGUGUUUGAUUAUGAACUCUGAGCUCCUUUUACGCUGCAUGUAAAGUGGUGCAGACUCCAUGUGCAACCUUUGAACUCAGUUUUGAACGUCUGCCAUGGAGCUCAGGAGAGAU